UGUUGAAUAACUUACUGUUCGCCCCGUGCAUGUCAACUUUCCCGGAAAUGGCCAUGAGGAAAUCACUUUCAAUCUCACUUCCUAAUCGAACGGUUCGAUAGUCCUUGACGGUGUUACACCAUGGUUUCUGCUCCGACCUGUGUUCGCAAACGUACGCUGGACUUUAGCUGCAAGUAUCGCAACUUAGACAAAUUUUCCACCGAUGUGGAACAUUUCCUGGAAACGUACGAUCAAACAGUGCAACACUCGCUGGCAUACCACCGAAGCUUUCGGCGCCAUCUGAAGCAACUGUACGAAUGCGUGGUGGAGUUGUUACAAAAAUUCCAGCACAUUCAAUCCAGCGGUACCAAAGGGCAGCUGUACAUGGAGAAGUAUUGCUGUGGCGUUUUGUUUGAUGACUGCGAGGAACUUAAAAGGCACUACUUUGAGUUUCAUAACUUUGCCCGACUCAUUCAUCCCAGCAUAGUGGAGCUCCGGUCAGGGCAUGGUAAGCUGCAGUUCUUCCAUCGCCGUGUGCAGGAGUACACAUUCUACGGUACCGAAUUUACUGCCGUUUUGCUGAUGAACUUGAAAAAGAUAGCCAACAACUUGUACGCCACGUUGGAGCGUGGCCCAAAGUGGUAGAAUGGGAUUUGCUUUUGUUCCUGCUCGUGGGUAAAACAACGGCAAAGAACUAGGGUGUCGUUCUUAUUUUUAGUGCAUAGAAUAAAUAAACUCGUGACGUUACAAAGGA